CUUUCACAUACCUAAUCGCGGGUGGACGCGUACCUUUAGCUGCUGGAGUUAUCAUUUUAUUUUUGAGCCCUCGCGGAGUAAUUUGAUGCUUUAAUAUUGGUCGCUGAGCGUGGAAGAGACGAACCGUGUUUACUGUACCGUUUGACUGUCCCCCGCGUCCCGUCUCCCGCGCUCCGUGGCCUCUUUCACUUUCCGUCGGUCGGUCGGGCGUCUGUCUAUUUGUUAAAUGUUAAAUGUGAAACGCAGAAUAGGAUUGCAUCGGUGUCCGUUCUCUGCCUACCUAGCAAAUUGCCAGUUGUGAGGCCAACACGGCCCAGGGUCUAAUUUACAUAAUAUUGGAGACGGGCAGGCACACACUGGCGUUGAGAUCAAAUUAACCGAAAUGCAAGUGAAAAUGCAAAUGCAAGUAGUUUUCAAUUGAAGAGCAGGCGACAAAAAAGUGAAAAAAUUAACUCGAUUGAUUGCUGAGGGAUAGUGCGCGAAAUAGUCAAACUAAUUGAAAAUGUCUGGUGCUGAUGAGGGCGAGCUGGACCCGCAAAUUCAGAUCGAACUGGAGAAUCUCAACAGUGCAACAGAUGAGAUUAAUAAACUAGAAAUUGAAUUGGAGGAGGCCAAUUCCACCUUUCGCAUCCUGCUAAAUGAGUCCACCAGGCGCCUGAAACUCUCCUCCAAGAAACUAGGCAACUGCAUUGAGAAGGCCCGGCCCUACUAUGAAGCUCUGGAUAAGGCGCGCGAGGCCCAGGUCGAGUGCCAGCAGGCGGCAGACAAGUUCAAGCGAGCCAAUGAAAUCCAUGCCACUGCUAAGGAAAUGGUGGCUCUGGCCGAGCAGCGCUUCAUGUCCAACUCCCACGAGUGGCAGUUCGACAACGCCUGGCAGGAGAGCUUGAACCACGCCACUCAGAAGGUGAUGGACGCCGAAACCCAGAAGGCUGACUGCCAUGCGGAGCAUCAGCGGCGCACUCGACUCUUUCAUGCCGCCGAGCAAAAGCUGCAGCAGCUGGAGGAUCGCUUCCGGCGGAGCAUCAACAAGUCGCGUCCUUAUUUCGAGGAGAAGCAAGUGUGCCAGGACCAGUUGCAGACCCAGAAGAACCGCAUCCAGGAAUUGCAACAACAAGUGGCUGGUGCCAAGAGCACCUACUCUACGGCGCUACGGAAUCUAGAGCGGAUCAGCGAGGAUAUACACAGGCAACGGGGUGACUUUCCCACACCACCCGGGCCCCGGGAGCCGGGCGUUGGAGCUGAGCUCAAUUCGCCGACCUCCAGUGCGCUUCCAUCGCUGCCGGAUUUCCAAACAGAGCUGGAGAAGUGCGACUAUCCCUCCAUUGCUGGCAGCCAGAUGUCGUUGGGUGCGAAAACACCGCAGGCGGCUGCGGAAACUGAGGACGAAGAGGACGCCUGCGACUACGACGAGACGGGGGCAGGCGAGCUGCGAGGCGUGGUGGACGAAAGGGACUUGGAGGCCCUGCGUCAGAAGGUCAAGAUCCUGGCAGUGCGCCCCAUCGAAGGCGGCGACGGCCAGCAGCAGAACGACGUGUGGGAGCACGAGCUGAAGGCCACAGUCGACAAGUUGGAUCACUUGAUGAUGCUCAAGGAAGCGGCCAAGCGGCAGCAGACAGUGCGAGCCAAGUCAACCGAACAGCGGCCCGAUUCCCUGGGAGCCGAGGGCCUCAAGCGCCACACCGACGAGGUGCAGGCGAAGAUCGUCCCCGCUAGCUUGCCAGUUACCCCGCAGCACCACCAGCUAGCACCGCCCACGCCCAUCAAGAAGCUGCAACAGCAACUGGCGCCCUUGCCAUCCGUUAAUGUCUCAAUGCGGGAGCUGCCGCUGUUGGCCAGGCUGUCGAACGAGCUCCUGGAUCGCAGCAGUGCUGCUUUCGGCGGAGUACGCAAGCAGCUGCGCCGCCGCUCUCUGGAAUAGUGCGAAGUUAUUGGGGCAUCUGCGGCAUCGUUUGCCAGCCCCAUAUCAUCAGAUUUGUUUAUAUUAAAUGAAUAAUUAGAAAUGGAUAAUUGUAAAACGUUAAACGCCGCAUUUAAGUGCACCCCUCUCAAUAAGUCUACACUCUACAUGAUAAAAACAUACAUCUAUUUUCGUAUAAAUGUUGAUUACAUUCUAAUCUAAUGUCUCUUGUUUCUCACUGUUGAUACUUUGAAUAUGUAAAUGUUUUGUGAUUUGAGAGAGCAAAAUGAAUGGAUUGAUUGAUAUGCAAACAAUAAGCAGCUUUAAGUUAAUAAGUAAUCUUAAAUCCAAUGAACCCAGGCAAACUCACUAAUUUAAAACGAAACCGGCACACGCACUAAAUAGUUUAGCCUAUAAAUACCACAAAUUGAAACUCUAAAUGAAACUAAUCCAAGUGUCGAAGUGAAACGAAUUCAAUUAGAUAACUAAGUGAAACUCUCAAAGAAAUCAUCAUUGUACGGCAUCCAAUGGCCUAUAGAUUUUCUUCGGUGCCCUAGGAUAAGGGAGUACAAGUAUUUGCAACAUGAGUAAUUAUAAUUGAAAUAAUAAAAAUUUGCAUUCUAAUUCA